AAGGUGGGUGUGGGCCGCAUAUAAAAGGGCCGCAUCCGGAUGACGGUGCCAAUAGCCGAGGCAGGCUUGGGACAGAGAGGAGGCAGGAGUUCCUUAGCACUCCAAUUGGCUAUUACGCCUUUUAUUUCGAGAAGACAAAGGGGGGAAACUUUUGUUAAAAAAAAAAAAUUGCCUUUUCAGUUUUGUCCCCUUAAAAUAUUUCUGGGCAUAAAAAGCUAAGCUUUUCGGAACUCAGCCCACUUUGACCCUUUUGCCUGAGAAUACUAAUAACAGUUGGGUCACCAUGGUGAUGUUCAAGAAGAUCAAGACCUUCGAAGUGGCCUUCAGCGAGCCUGACAAAGUCUACAGCAGCGGGGACAAGGUGGCUGGCCGUGUCGUGGUGGAGGUGGCCGAAGUCACCCGGGUCACCCGGGUCAGAGUUCUGGCUUGCGGGGUGGCCAAGGUCCUGUGGAUCAAAGGGCCCCAGCAGUGCAAGCAGGAGAUGGAAUACCUUCGCUAUGAAGAUGUCCUCACCCUGGACGACCAUCCAGCUGGUGAGCAUCAUGGUCUUGGGGGGGGGGGGCGCCUGUUUUGCGUCUCCGCUUUUGGAAAAGAAUUGAAAGCCCUUCCUGGAAUUUUGAGGAGCCCAACGAGUGGGUAGCUUUUGCAGCCUGGUCCUAUGCAUGGGGACCUGACUGUAGGGAAAGGAGACUUAGGAUGGCACCUUUGGCUUUACAUAGGAACAUCGGAGGCCGUCUUAUAUAGAGUCAUACCAAUGAUUCCUCUAGCUCAGUUUGCAUGGACGGGCAGCAGUGGCUUUCCAAGUUCUCAGGCAGGGGUCUCUUCCAGCCUUUCUUUGAGAUGCUGAUGGGGCUUGAACUUGGGACACUUCUGUUUGCAAAGCUAAUGAGUUGGUUGGAAUGGUGUCCUCUUCAGUGGCGUAUAUAUACUUGGCUCUAAAUACUUGGUCCAGUUCUGCUUUUUCUUGUUUAAACUGGCUUUUGGGGGCAGGUUUUUUUUUUGUACUGGGUACAGUAUCUUCCUAUGUUUUCUGGGUUCUCUGUCUAGGUUUGAAACCUAGCGCAGGCUCAGAAUGGGGUGGGAAUGGAACUCUACCCCAUUUAAAGACUGGCUUUCAAAACUUGCAUCCCAGUCCUAUGUGUGUUUACUUGGAAUUAAGUCCCCAUGAGCUUGAUGGGGCUUGAUUACCAAGUAAGCCCUUCUAAGAUUGCAGCCUUGCAGGUCUGAGAUGCAAGCAAAAGAUUAGCAUCAAAUAGGCGCCAGCAGAGAAGAGAGAGAUAAUUUUCAGGCUUGGGAAUAACCUAAAGCAGAGAACUACUAGGAAGUUGAACAAAGGGUCCAGGGUGAUGGGUCACCUCUGAAUAAAGGGCCAGCGGCAACUUCAAAUCAUUGUAGUUCCCUUGCUAAGCAAACUUCCGAGAGUACGGUAUGUCCCAGUAACAGUUGGCGCAGCAGGGAACUGGCCAGCUGGGACUCCUGGCAGUGGAUGUAUUAAUAGGUAGUGAUUGCCUAGCAGUACGAGGAGUCCCUCAUCCUGGGAGAGGGGUAUAGUCGUCACCUUGGCUGAAGAUCAGAGCAAGUGAGGAGAGCCAGGAAGAUGUGAAAUUCUUUAGACUGUUGGCUUCUGUAACUUGGGACGUUUUGGUUUGUAAUUGGACAGACGCACAGAUAGGAAAGGAGACUGAAUUUUUUUAAACAGUUGAGACCUUAAUUGCAUGUGUGAGCAGCUAGUAUUAAGGAUGAGAAAAGCAGCAGUUCUUGAAAUGCUGACUUGUUGGUAAAACAGAACAUGGGGGUUCCUUAGGCACCACUCAAGCUUAAAUCUCUUACCUGCUUAAUUUUUUGAAAGUGCACUGACCUUGAUAAAAAAUACCUUGCAUUAUUAGUCAUCUUAAAAUACUUAAAAUCUUUUCUCUAUAAGCCUAACAUCUUUUUCUCUUUCUGUGGUGUCUUUCCAGAUGCAGAUGGUUCUGUGAUUCUGAGACCAGGAAACACCUACGAGUACAAGUUUGGAUUUGAGCUACCUCAGGGGUAGGUAUUGGCCAGACAUGGCCACUGAUACGUUAGUAUUAAAAUACAGGAUUUAUCACCGCUUGCCUGCCUUUCCUGUGUCUAAUGAGACAUUUGUAUUCUUUCAGGCCGCUUGGUACUACUUUCAAGGGCAAAUAUGGCUGCGUUGACUAUUGGGUGAAGGCUUUCUUGGAUCGUCCAUCCUUCCCGACUCAAGAUAUAAAGAAGCGCUUUGAGGUCAUGGAUCAAAUUGACGUCAACACUCCAGACCUGAUGGUAAUUACCACUUGAGGUUGUCCUUUGAUAGCUUUGGUCAUUUGUCAGUCAUCAGCUUAGGUAGAUUUAGUGCCACAGCUAAUCUGAAACAGGCCAUCUUUCAGCAUUUUUUAGUGAACUUUGCUUCAGAAUUUGGAAUUCUCUCUCUCCCAAUUGCUGUUCAGUUGGUUCAAAGUCUUCACAGAGACAUGCAUCUCUGUUCAUCUUUAGCUUGAAAUUAAUAGUCUGUGUCCAAUUGUCUCAUUUACUAUCUGUUGAAGCAAGAUAUUUGUGAAUAAUUAGUUAUAACUCAAGGGGUGAUUGAAGGUCUGGCAAGGUACCAAAGGCUGAACUCCUGAGACUACAGAUAGUACAUAUGAACAGGAGCAACACUUUGGAAAUUAGUCAAUGUUGUAUGUAUGUAUGUAUGUAACAAUAUCUUCUUGUGCAUUUCUUUUCAGUCACCUGUAGCUGCCAAGAAGGAAAAGAAAGUGUCCUGUAUGUUUAUCCCUGAUGGGCAUGUGUCUGUUAGUGCCAGGAUUGACCGCAAAGGAUUCUGUGAAGGUGAGGCCUGGCUCCUUUCCUCUUCAGGAAACGGGAGUUGACGAGGAAGGGUGGAAAAUUGGAAUAAAUGAUGUAAAUGGCUAGUAGUCAGACCUGUAACUGCUAGCUGUUCCAAGCCAAGCAUAGUUCAAGGGCUGGAGAUAUAGGUGUGGUUUGGGGAUUUAAUGAGGAGCUUGGAUGCAAGCAGGGAAAGUCAUCAUUGAAAAAUGUGGCACCUAACUGAUCUCAAUGAAGAUCUGCUGCAGUGGGCAAAUUCUGUAGGUCUUCCACAACUAAGCUUCUUCUCCUUGUUCUUACCAGGUGAUGACAUAUGUAUCAAUGCCGACUUUGAGAACACCUGUUCCCGGAUUGUGAUGCCCAAGGCAGCCAUUGUUGCUAAGCACACCUACCUGGCCAAUGGGCAGACCAAGGUCUUCUCCCAGAAGCUCUCAUGCGUCCGAGGCAACCACAUUGUCUCUGGCAUGUCUGAAUCAUGGCGUGGCAAGACCCUCCGGGUCAAGAAGAUCAAACCGUCCAUUCUAGGCUGCAACAUCCUGCGUGUGGAGUACUUCUUGCAGGUGAGGGGCUUAAAAAGGCAACCCACCCCAAUCUUCCUUGUUCUUGGCUUCUGUUGAGGGCUUACAGAAUCCAUACUGAAUUCAAGCACUGAGGUCAUAUUCAGGGGUGAAUUCUGGGAACUGCAUAGUCCCAGAAUCUAUUUUGAAUUCUAGGCUGUCACCUGAAAUGUUUUUAAAAGGCAUUUCGUACAUCAUUAUCAAAACUGGCUAAGAUACCUCUGGGCUUAAGACUUCCAAGGGAGAUACAUCCCAGUAGACUUAAGCCCUGACAACUUUAAGGACAGGACAUUUGAUCUGGAUUAAAGAGCUUCACUGCAAGGUGGCUGACCUCUUAAUUCCCAGCAAGCCAAGACAGAAAACACCAUACUUCUGAUAUAUUCUGUCUGAGAGAUCUUGCAUUUAAUGACAGCUGCUUUCAAGCCCUGAAACACAUCCCUGUAGGCAUGGAGUAGCCCUCCUUUCCCCACAUCCCCCACAGACUAUAUUAUCUCUCUCAAGAAGGCACCACAUUACAUCUCACCACAUAUUUUCCUGUGGUCUUUUUGCAGAUCUAUGUCAGUGUCCCAGGCUCCAAGAAGAUCAUCCUGGAGUUGCCACUCGUCAUUGGCAGCAAGUCUUCUGGCAUUGGCAGCCGCAGCUCUAGCAUGGCUAGCCAGACCAGUUCCGAGAUGAGCUGGGUGGACCUCAACAUCCCAGAUGCCCCAGAAGGUGAGCAGAGCUUCCCGGAUGCCUUUUUGUUGUUGAAAAUGUAGCCUUCUAGUUAGGAGUUAAGGUGGGCCUCUGCAAGGACACAAUUGCAGGGGUUGGAGGUCUUUAGAAAGCGGGUGGUAAGAAGCAGCCUUGUCACUCAGUUUUGGGAAGAGCUAGGAUUUCUAAAUUCCAUCAAGUAUCUGUUGCUCCAAACACAUUACACCAGAAGUAUUUGAUAGAUUUAGGAAAGAAUGGACUGACGUGUAUCUGUUUUUUUCCCAAUAUAGCACCUCCAUGCUACCUGGACAUUGUUCCUGAAGACCACCGCCUGGAGAGUCCCACCACCCCUCUUUUAGAUGAGCUUGACAACUCCUUUGACAGCCCCAUCUUCAUGUAUGCUCCAGAGUUCAAGUUCAUGCCACCGCCUACCUACACAGAGGUGAGACAUCCGACUCUUGUCACACAAAAAAAUGUGACUGCAGCACAUUUUGCAAGUGGUAGGAAUAAAACACGGCUUGCAAGUGGUAGGAAUAAAACCAGGGCGAAGAGAUGGGGGUGUGGGGUUCACUGAAGAGCAGCCAUGCAAAGCAAGCUUUGCGAAUAUUAUUGUGGCUUAAGUAGGUUCUAUUCCAAACUUCAGCUUUUGCACUCUACCUGAAGGGGAAUGGAUCCAGUUGCAAAGCCUUAAAAAAUAUUUCAUUUAUAUGGGAUUAUUCUGCCAAGUCCCCCAAGGUGGUCUUGCAAUCAAAAAUAGUAAUGCAAAUAAAUAGUACAGAAUAUUUGCAAGCUGACUUCUGGAGCUGAUAGACCUUCAUCUUACACACACCCUCUGUUCUUCCCUCUUUUCCAGGUGGAUCCUUGCACUAUCAACAACAAUGUCCAGUGAGCACCAAUCAAAGGACAUUUAUGCAGUUGUCUUUUAUCCAGCUUUUUCUGGACUUUUAACAAUUGCACUCACAGAGAUUAUGCACCAGGCAGAAAUUCCCUGAUGAAAAGGGAAGGAAGACCUCAUGGUGUCAGCACAUCUCGUGGAAGACUUGUCGGCAAGGAGCUGAAUUGAAUGGCUCUUUAUGCCUUUGUGUACUUGCCACAGGCCAAGAGAAGCUAUGUGGGUCGGUGGUGGACCCAGGCCUCGGCUCUCCCCUAUAGCCAGGUGCUGAAGUGAAACUUUCAAGAUGGGACUGUAGGGUAGGGCAGGCAUUUCUGAAUGAGGGGAGGUGAAAGGCCAACAACAGACCAACAGUUUGGAAGAAAUACUACUGAAUGACAACCAACAACCAUUUGUAUCUGUUCAAAAUUGUUUUGAAUGUGGUGAUUUAGAUACAUGAGGUUGUAUGUCUGAAGAUUUUUCAAUAGGACAAGCAAGCUUUUGGUAGUUUGUUUCUUGCAGUUUUUUUGAGUAAAAGUGCUUUCUCAGGUUUUAAAACCUAACACCCUGAUCUUUGGGACACUUGGAAAAAAGUGGGGAGAGUUGCUAGAUGGACAGUGGUAGGUUGGUAGGUGUUGCUGCAGGUGCUGGAUGGGAUUGGGGUUUUCUCUCAAUAGCAUUAAGUGAAGGAAUGAGGUGAGAAUAGAAAAGUAUAGCAGGUGGUGUUAAGUGUUAGGUUGUAAUAAACACUCCAUCCAAAGGGGCAAAAAAAAGCCCCAGGGAGAAGAACUCCCAGCUUCUUAAGAAGCAAUAAUUUUGUGUUCUUUUGUGUUUGCCUAUCGAGCAAAUCAAACACUGUUUAGAAGUCUAGCUUUCUAAAACAGUCUCAAGUGUUGUUGUAAUGGACUUUUGUGGCACUUAAUUUCUGUGGUUUUUGUUCUGUUUUUGUCUAAUUCUACGUUCUCCUUGGUAUGUAAACAAGCAAACAUUGUAUAAGGGAGAAAAAUCACUAUAUGCCUGUUUUUUUUCUUAUCUUGAAUCUUUAGUGUUGUGUGACUAUAAACCAAUGUUGAUAAUUUGGGGUAUGGGGCAAGUUGUUGGCAGCCUUGAAUGAUGCAAGGGCAGGAUCUGAGGCUCUGGUGGGGGGGGGCAGCACUUUCCCCCACCAUCUUCUUGAGAGGUUUCUCAUGCAUUCCCUUGGUUAUCAAAAGCCCAGCAAUAUCUAAAGACCAAUCUCUAUAUAUUUUGUUGAAUGGUGCCAAACAGCUUUGUACUUUCCCACAAAGCUGACACAAGCAGAAUAAAAUUGGGCAUGGCUUUAGGCUUGUGUGAAAUCAAAUAAGGAAGCAUAUCUAUUUCUGGGCUGCUCUUCUUCACCCCCCGCUCCUAUAUUUUUCAGCAGAUAACUUGGUUUAUUCCCCACUGAUGGAAAAAUGCACUUUCUUUAAACAGUUUUUGAAAAACAGCACUGCAUAUCUAAAGUGUUAAUUGAUCCCAGAUUUUGUCACUCCAAAUAUCUUGUCACAAGAUACUAUAUAAGUGACAGGUGGACAUAAAUUUGGGUGUACUGAUUUGUUUUCCUAUUGUGUAUUUUGUUGCUCCGUUUUGCUUUAUUUUGUACUGGUUUGAAAAUUUAAUUAUAUUUUGUACUACUGCAGUUCUGCAGGAUCCCCCUUUUGGGGUCAUGUUUCUAAUAAAUGUUCAAAAAUUGAAA